AUGUAUAAGCUCGAUUUACCAAUUGAUCUUAAAGAAAAAGCAGCUAUUGAACGACGUCGUCGUGCUGAAAAAGAACGUCAAGGACGAAUAUUCAAUGCUAAAUUUCGACAAAUUGGGGUUGAUAAAGAAGCACUUGAUCAACAAAUUCAAGAUCGUAAAUGGAUAGAAGAUUUAGAAGAAAAACGAGCAGCUGCUUUUGCAAAAGAUUCUAUUCGAAAUGACACAAUUGCAAAAUUACUUCAACAUCGUCAAGAAUACGAUGAUAGAGAAAAUAAUCGAGCAUUAAACGAAUUUCGUGCUUUACAUCAACAACCAGCUGCUCAACGAGAAUGGGAUUUAAACGAUCCAGAUUUUUUAAAAAAGGAUAUGCCAGCACGUGUAUCUGAUGAUGAUCCACGUUGUGGUAUAGCUAGUUUACAAAAAUUUCAAGGUGAAGAUCUUAAUUCACGUGCUCGAAAUAAAUAUCAACAAGAACAAUUACGUGAAUGGUCACGUAUGCAACAAGAAGAUCAACGACGUGCACAACAACAACAGCAAGCAGCUGAUCAAUUAUUUUAUUCUAAACAAAUUGAAUUAGAUCAACGAGCUAUUGAACUUCAACAAGCUGAAGAACAAUGUAGACGAGAUAUUAAUAAAUCAACUCGAAAUUAUAAUGAUGCAUUAUUUCGAGAGAAUGAAGAACGACGUGCAUUAAAAAAACGUCAAGAAGAAUAUGAUAAUUAUGCUGAAAUGGCAAAUAUGGUGUCAAGUGAUUUAUUAACAGAAAAUCCUGAUCAAGCUAUAAGUCAAUUUGGACCUCAUCGUAUUGUUCCUGAUCGAUGGAAAGGUAUGAGUCAAGAUCAAAUACGUCGUAUACGCGAAGAACAACAAAAACAAGUUGAAGAAAAAAAACGUCGUGAUGAAGAAGAACAACAACGUGAAAAUGAAUGGAAUCAACGACGUGUUACUGAAGCUAAAGCUGGAAUGAUUAUUGAAAAACAAGUUGAACGUGAACGACGUGCAAAUGAACAUAAUCUUUAUAAUGAUAAUCAACGUUUAUCAAAUGAACAACGAAAUCUUAAAGCAUAUCUUGAUCGAGUUGUUUAUACAAAUCAACCAACAGCUGCUUAUUUUACUCAAUUUAACAAUUCAUCAAGAUAA